AUGUCCACCAGUCCAAUGAUAUAUCAAAUUGGGGAUACUGAGCUGCUCGAGCAGUUUGUUGACCCAGUUUCAAACCCCAAAAUAGCCAUCCGAAGACUUCAGAAGGCGUUGUUCAUCCACCGAGCGCUGGUGAUUAUUCUAGGAGUCUUCUGCAUAGCGCAGUAUUAUCUCUCCAAGCCCCCAGGAUCGAACUUAGAGCAUCCCCCUGUGUUCUCGCCUGCACAGCAGGAAAUCAGUUACCGGACAGUUGUAUUUACCAGCGGCUUCGGCAGCGGGCGCACAAUUUACCAAGGGCCCCCGUCUCCUGAACGGGAUGCUGCAUGGAACGAGCUCUACGGCUUUGGCGUGAGUCGUAUUCCGAAGAGUGAUGCCGCUCAGCUUGUCAACCGAACUGUCCCAAUUCCAGAUGAUCCAGGGUACUACGUCGUGAGCCUGAAUGUUUUUCAUCAACUCCAUUGCUUGAAUAUGCUUCGAAAACGAAUUUGGUCCAAAGAAGACUUCCCAGCAGACCACGAGCUCAUGGGAAUGGAGCAUAUUGAACAUUGCAUUGAUGCAUUGCGACAGAGCCUCAUGUGUUCAGCCGAUAUAACACCUCUUCCCUGGGCAUGGGAUGCUGUCGCUCAUCAGGCGAAAGAGGUUGCAGAAACUGCCCACACCUGUCGAGAUUUUGACAGGAUCAGACAAUGGGCUAUUGACCGAAGGAUAAAAUACUUUGAUAGGACAUUGUUUGUUCCAGACGAGCUAGCAGCACACUAG